AGGGGCUGCGCCCGCCUUGCCCCUGCCAGGCUGCCCCAUAUCGCAUCUGUGGGGCUGCCCCAGCGCGGGGACCCGGCAUGCCCCCAUCGACACCCCACAGGGCCACCCCCAUCACAGGGAGCCAGGAUGGCCCCAUUGAGCCCCAUUGGGCCACCCCAUCCACAGGGAGCCAGGAUGGCCCCAUUGAGCCCCAUUGGGCCACCCCAUCCACAGGGAGCCAGGAUGCCCCCAGCGAUCCCCCGUGGGGACACUGCCAGCACAGGGACCUGCGCCGCUCUCACAGGGUCACCCCCAGCUGUAGGGGCCAGGAUGUCCUCCUGUCCUCCACAGAGAUGGUCAAACACCCUCCUCGAGGGGUGGUAAGGAUGGGGGGAGCUCUGCUGGGGUCCCCGUGCCCACUGCUGUGGCUGUUGUCAUUCCCUAUCCAUGGAAAGGAUUUCACGGCAGAGCCUGGACAGGUGGAGGCAGUAGCAUGGGUUAUUUUUUGAAAGCCAUUUAGUAAAAAAUGUGUUUGAUUUCUGUCAAGUGGUACAUUUAAGGCAGAAGGGAGCAUAAGGAGAUCCUCUAGCAUGAAACUCAGUCUGCUGGAGGUGAGACUUCGUGUCCAGUUGCUGCUGGAUCCCCGUGUUAUUGGAACUUUGUGGUGGAGCAGUGGGGAAGAGGCAGGAGAGCCCAGUGAGACACAGGACAGAGCUCCAACCUUCCCUGUAGCCUCCUGGGGCCACCAGCAGCUUCUCUGUCCUCCCUCGGAGCUCAUGUGCAGGUCGUGUCCCUGCAGCAGGUGCCUGAGGUGCUGAUGUGACACCCCUGCUCGUUGGAGGGCUAUGGGGAAACUGCAGAGUAAACUCAGCUUCCACACCACCAAAUAUGGGGCCGAUGGCUCCGUGGGACAGACAGGAUCCAUCCUGGGACAGACGGGAUCCAUCCUGGGACAGACGGGAUCCAUCGGCACCUCCCGGCGGCACAGCCCCGCUCACACCGACGCCGUCACCUCUGUGGCUGCUCUCAAACCAGACCUCUGUGUGUCAGGGGGCAGGGAUAAGAGUGUGGCUGUGUGCAGCUGGAGAUCCGGGGCUGCCCUGCGGCGCUUCGUUGGCCACGAGCGGGAGGUCACCAAGGUCACCUCUGCCCUUGACUCCAGCAGAGUCUUCAGUGCAUCCCGGGACAAGACAGUGAUGAUGUGGGAGCUUCACGGGGCGUCGGGGCCAAGCCAGCACUUCCCAGGACAUGAGCUGGUCGUGACUGGGCUGGCUGUGAGCCCAGAUGCCUCCCAGCUGUGCACAGGCUCACGAGACAACACCGUGUGCAAGUGGGACACAGAGACUGGGGAGUGUCUGGCCAGGGCCACCAUCUCCAGGAAUCUGGUCACACACCUGUGCUGGGUUCCUGGGGAGCCUUAUGUCAUCCAGACCUCGGAGGAUAAAACAACCAGGAUCUGGGACAGCCGGGAGCUGCAGGUGGCACACACGUUCCCAGCCAAGCAGCACAUCCAGACGUGCUGUGACGUGAGCCAGGACGGGCGGUACUGCCUCAGCAGCAGCCAGGGUGGAGAGGCCACCCUGUGGGACCUGCGGCAGACCCGGGGCCGGGUGUGUGAGUACAGGGGGCAUUUCCAGACCACCACCUCGUGUGUUUUCCUCCCCCGGGGCCCAGCCCUCGCCCCCAGCGUCGCCACAUCCUCCAGCGACAGCACAGUGAAGGUCUGGCACCGGGACACGGCAGCCUGCCUGGCCACGCUGUCCCUGGAGGGCUCUGGCCCGCUGGCCUCGCUGGCCGCCUGCGACAGCUCCACCCUGCUCUGUGCCAGCGCCAGCUCCGGCAUCCACGUGCUGCGUGUGGGCGGCGGCGAGCCCGCCCUGCGGGAGCUGGCAGCGUUCUGAGCCAGGGACCCCCACAGACCCAGGGACCCCCACACAGACCCAGGAACCACGACACAGACCCAGGGACCCCCACACAGACCCAGGAACCAUGACACAGACCCAGGGACCACGACACAGACCCAGGGACCUCGACACAGACCCAGGAACCACGACACAGACCCAGGAACCACGACACAGACCCAGGAACCACAACACAGACUGGCCCCUGAGGGGAUGGGACCCCCAGAGCCUCCCCUGCCCACGGGCACAGGGACCAUGUGCCCGAGCAGCAGGGCAGGGGGACUCCCUGGGUGGUUUGUGGGGAGCUGUCCAGGAGAAAAGCCAAACCCUGGAUGCACGAGGCAUUCUCCUUACAAACCCUCCCUGCAGUGCAGGAUGGGGCAGAGGGAGCAGACAAGCUGUGAGGAGCCAAGGGGGACACACUGUAGCACUUUAACUGAUGUCCAGGCUUGGACCAGAGGAGACUGUAAUUAAAUAUUCUUCUGUGUUACUUGCUGGCCUCUCGUCCUAUAUAUUUUCCCUGGGAGGCACCAAGAGCUGGCACAUGGCACACACCACUGUGGUGCUUGGAAGGGAGGAGAAAGCCCUCAACACUCUGCUUGAGGAAAAGUAACUUAGGAGUGGGUUUGGGAUUUGUUUUUUUCGUAACACACCAUCUCCAACUACACUGGGAACAUUGCAUUGGGAACAGAACUGUGCUCACCUUCCCAGGGACCAUGGACAGCUGCUCUCCAGCUGA